AUGAAAAAGCUUCUUAGUUUCGUUUCUUGCAUUAAUUUCAAAGUUCAUAAUGGUUUUAACACCCUUUUUUGGGAAUCCAUUUGGUUGGAUGAUUCCGCCUUAAAAGAGUGUUUUCCGGAUUUGUACCAAGCUUCACUUUUAAAGAAUGUGUUGGUGGCAGCUAUGGGUGGUUGGAUGGGGGGAGUGUGGCGUUGGAGUGAUUUUGGGUUAUCCGCGGCUUUAGUGGAUAUGGCGGAUCAUAGGGAGGAGUUCUUGGAAUUGAAGAAAAGGGUGGAGGCUUUUAGAGAUUGGAAGAGUGAAAAAGAUUUGGUGUUUUGGUCCGGAAAUGUGGAUAGGAAUUUUUCGGUAGCUUCUUGCUAUGCUUUUUAUGAUAGGCUCCGUAUUCCGUUUGGUCCUCCGGUUAUUCAUGCGGAGGUGUUUGACUUUUUGUGGAAAAUGGAAAUACCUUUCAAGAUAAAAGCUUUCGGGUGGAGAAUCUUCCAUGAAAGACUUCCGACGAAAGAUCUUUUGGCAAUAAGAGUCUCGUUUUCCUUUGUUUCGCUUUCUUUGCACACCAUGGCAGCUCAAGCACACAAAGAGCUCGAAGAAACACUUAUGAUCCAAACUUGUUCCCUCGUGAUUGACGACAAAGAGGAGGAAAUCUCUCCAAAACAGCAAGAAGAAAAAGAAGAGACCUACGACAAAGAUUCUCUUCCGCCACUGCCACUAGAUGAAGUGGAAGCAAUUAUCGAAUACGAGUUUAAAAAUAAGCACUUAUUGAAAGAGGCUUUUACGCACAAAACUUAUGGUGCUGAUAAUGGCUUAUCUUAUAAGCGGUUAGAAUAUGUAGGAGAUGUUGUUCUUAACUUGUUCAUAGUGAUAGAACAAUAUUUCUCUUAUCCAAAUUUGGGACCGGGAGUUUUGACUCCAAACAAAUCAAAGAAUGUUGACACGGAAAAACUUGCACGUGUGGCCAUUAAACAUGGCUUAGAGCGAUACUUGAGACACAAACAGCCCAAUCUUAAAGAUGAAAUUCAAAGAUUUAUAGAAAGAGUUGACGACUAUUACUUACAUUCAAAUGGGCAGCUCUACGCACCUAAAGCGCUAGCUGAUAUUGUUGAAUCAAUUAUUGGUGCCAUUUUUAUUGAUUCUAACUUAUCCCUUGAUAUUGUGUGGAAGGUUGCGAGAAAAUUACUUGAACCUAUAAUUGAGCCGGAAUCUGUUAAAAAGCAUCCUGUCUCACAACUAAUUGAAAUUUGUCAAGAGAAAAAAUUCAAAUUACAAUUUGUAGAUUUGUGGGAAGAAUCUACUAGUGUUGAAAUCUUUAUAAAUGAUAAAUUGGUUGGAAGAGGCAGUUAUGGCUCUAAGAAAGCCAUUGCACGUUAUAGAGCUGCAAAAAAUGCUUUGGAUAAUAUAGACAAUGUCUUGGAAGUAAGUACAUUUACAAUAAAAGAUGCUAUUGAAGGUUGA